GGAAACGAAAAGAGUGCGUGCGUUUCAUUUUGGGCCCCUUUUUUUAGGAAGAAGAAGAAGAAGAGAGAGCGAAAUUGUUAAUCAUCGUCUUUGAUCCGAGCUUCAGAUUCAUCUGCAAGGAGAUCUCCACAGAUCCGCAGACCAAAUCGACUCCACUAUUUUCUUCUCUUUCGAUCUCUGGAAACCUAUUAGAGUUUUAAAAGUUGUUGCUUUUGCUAAUUUAUCGAUUAACGAAGCCUUCAAUUUGAACCCUGAUUCUGAGGUUCGAUCCUGGGUGGUUGCCUUUUUGGGCGAGCGAUUCAUUGAAACGAUUUGAAGACCACCAGAUGCGAGGAAACAGGCAAUCAGAGACCACAGAGCUGAAGAUCCCGAUCAGUUUAUAACGAUGUCUGCCCAAAAGAUAGAGACUGGCCACCAGGACAUGGUCCAUGACGCAGUUAUCGACUACUAUGGCAAGCGCCUUGCCACUGCCAGCUCUGACUCCACGGUUAAAAUCUUCACCGUCUCAGCCUCCUCAUCUCAACUCCUUGCAACCCUAACAGGCCAUCACGGUCCUGUGUGGCGGCUUGCCUGGGCUCAUCCGACGUUCGGCUCAAUCCUUGCCUCCUGCAGCUACGAUGGCAAAGUUAUCAUAUGGAAGGAGGGCGCUUCGCCAGCCCAGUGGACCCAAGUCCAUGUUUUCACUGACCACAAAUCGUCUGUGAAUUCGAUUGCAUGGGCCCCAUACGAACUUGGGCUCUGCCUCGCUUGUGGGUCAUCUGAUGGGUCCAUCUCGGUCUUCAAGGCCCGGUCUGAUGGCGGCUGGGAUACUACAAGAAUCGAACGGGCUCACCCAGUUGGUGUCACCUCUGUCUCUUGGGCUCCUCCAAUGGCUCCUGGAUCGCUUGUCAGCUCGGGACCGCUAGUUCAGAAGAUUGUGUCGGGUGGCUUUGACAGUGUCGUUAAGGUGUGGGAGUUCGUUAAUGGGAACUGGAAAUUGGAGAGCUGCCCUAAAGUUCAGUUGCAUGCUGAUUGGGUGAGAGAUGUGGCAUGGGCGCCAGGUUUGGGAUCGAAGUCGACCAUUGCAAGUUGUUCUCAGGAUGGUCUUGUAGUAAUAUGGGCUAGAGGGAAAGAGGGGGAGCAGUGGCAGGGCAAGGUUAUGAAUGAUUUUCAAACUCCUGUUUGGAGGCUUUCCUGGGCGUUGACUGGGAAUAUAUUGUCGGUCGCUGAUGGUAACAGCAAUGUUACUCUGUGGAAAGAGGUGGCAAACGGGCAGUGGGAGCAGGUGAUGAAGGUUGAGCCAUAGGAAUUAAUCGUCGGCUUUGUUUUUGUUGUUUUUUUUUUUUUUUUUGUUUCUGAUAGUACCGUCUUCAUAUUUUUGGUUGGGUAUGUUGUUCGACAUCUAUUCAGCAGUCUCUGGGUUGUUCUUCUAUUGCAUUUUGUUCUUGGCUGUGGUUUCUUUGGGUUAUCAGACUCGUCGUCUGAUUACUUUUUCCUCUCACACUCAUUAUGAUUUAGAUAUGUACCUUAUGGAAUAUCUUGUAUUUGAGCAUCCUUUCGUCCUCCCUUUUGGCUUGCUCGACAUUAUUAAUUCUUAAUAACAGCAGUAGUAUUGAAAGUUUUAAA